AUGAGGCGAAAAAUGACUUAGAUAUUACUAUAAGCAUAUGCUUUGGUAUCUUUCCUUAUUAAUUAAUAUUGUUGUUAUCCUUAUCUUCUAAAAACGUGCGCUCAUAUCACAAGAAUCGAAAAACAUGUGUUGAAAGUGGAAACUAUCAACGUUAACCAAACAUUUAAUCAGGAAGCUCAGUUUCGAACCAAACCAAACUGAACCAAGAAAAUUAACAGAAGCUACAACACUAGACACUUAGGUGCUCCUUGUUGAAGACGUUUAAAUCAAAAACUUAUAUAAAACCAGAGCUAUAGUGAAUAACUGAACCUACAUAAUCAUAUACGUUAACCAACAGUCCAAGAUCAGGAUAAACCAUAUGUAAAUAAUCAAACAAAUUAAAUAAGCGUGUAAGGAGAGUGGAGGAAACAUAUUAAAAAAGAUAGGCAUCUUACUCAAAUCCCAGUGUACCUCCGUGUAUAAAUACCGAUCACAGGAACUCACAUUUUCUUCAUCCAGUAACACUCAAAUCUUAUCAUACACAAACUCAAAAAAGGAUGAAUCCUGUGUUUUACUUCCUUCUUGCCUUAACCGCUGUUUUGGCCGCGACUGCAAACGCCGUCGGACCAAUUUUCGACACUGAUGGUGAUGUCAUAUUCGGCGGCAGCAGUUACUACGUUCUCCCCGCUAUCUGGGGCCCUACAGGUGGCGGCCUGACUCUCUCCUCCCUUGGUGACAAGCAAUGCCCUCUUUAUAUCCAGAAGGAAGAUUCAGAAGUCGAAAGGGGUAUUCCCGUAAAAUUUUCAAACUGGAAGCCUAGAGUUGGAUUCGUUCCCGAAUCAGAGAACCUCAACAUCGAGAUGGAUGUUGCAGCUACGAUCUGCGUCCAGUCAACCUACUGGUGGGUUGCUCCGUCUCACUUGCCCAUUAUGACUUUUUUCAUAGCGGCUGGCCCUAAGCCAGAGCAUGGAGAAGAUUCUUCAAGGACUUUCUUCCAGAUCAAGAAAACUGGUGGAUUUCAUAACGGCUACAAAAUUACGUUUUGUUCUGGAGAUGGGGGUUGCGACGAUGUCGGGAUAGCUAGGGACGCAAAUGGCGUUGGGCGUUUAGCUGUAGGAUCUGAGCCAUUCCCGUUUGUGUUCAGGAAAGCUAGUGAGGCAGAGACUUCGCACAAAACCAUGUCUAUCAUCUGAGAGAAAUCAAAGACUAUAAUAUCAAGAAGAUAGAGAGUUUUAACCUACUACUAAUAAUAAAACUCUGUCUGUGUUCACUGUUUUCUUUUUUUCAUCAAUCAUCAUAUGGAAUAAACAUCUUUCCUUUGUUUCUUUUUUC